CUUCUUCAACUCGGAUUUGACAUCUAUAGCACAUCAGUACUCGGGAUUCAUAUUCGCUGCAUCGAGUGACUUCAGCCUGCGCUUGCAAGACACUUUGCUAUGCCCCAGAUUCGUAAAAAAACCUCCAAGCGAGGGACGACCCACAAACGUCAAAAGUUGAAGCAUAAGGUCUCACAGGGCAGAAAGAAAGCUAAGAAAGAGGCCCGGAAAGAACAGGCUGCUGGAAAAAGUGAGUCCCAUGCAUUGUUAUAGGCAAACUGCUUCGUUCAGUGUUCUGAGACAGUCAUCCUCGCAUCAAUAUUUUUUUCUGUUCGGCUGUUUAUCUCCUUGUGCUCAUAGUCUUUGUGUAGCCCAGAAAAAAUCCAAAAAAGAUCCUGGAAUCCCGAACAAUUUUCCCUACAAGGAUCAGAUACUCGCGGAAGUUGCAGAGUCACGACGUCAAGCCACCGAGGAAAAGCAGCGACGUAAAAAUGAAAAACGCCCUGCUCUUACUGGACUCGACGCCGAAGACGCCGAGGAUUCUCAAAAAAACAUCACGGAUGUUGACGUCGACGAAAAUCAAAAUGAUGGGCAAGGCUUUGAUGGCAUUAUGUCCAUUCGUCCUGCACCUCUAGUGCCAUCCAAAAAGAAAUCUGUAGAGCCUUCGAAUUCAGGACCUGUCAUACCGGUCACUGAAGGACUUCAAUCUCUCCGUGAGGUAUUGCAAAAAGCGGACGUUCUACUGCAUGUAGUGGAUGCAUGGGACCCCGCAGCAGGCCUCAGUGAGGCUUUGUUUAGAGAGGCGACAGGCAAAGAUAUCAUACUUCUCGUGAACAAGCUUCGUCAGCAUGAGCGGUCUUUGUAUGUAAUAUACCGCGGUGACACAUCAUGCAUCCAGUCCAAAUUGAACACAUGCGCCGAGAUUCCCCGACUCCACUUUAGUGGAGGAGGGUUCUGUGGCCAAGCAAAUGGUUGCAAACGGACCCCACGGUGGGCGUGGGAAAGUAUUGCGCUAGCCUUUUUCUUUCUCAAUUAAACGCUUGCAGAUACACUGAAGCACAUGUGAGUAUAAUUCCCUCUCAAUUCGUUCGUUUCAUUGCAGUAUAGCUCGUGUGUUUUCAGGGGUUUUCUUACAAAGUUGCCCUGUCGUUUGGCUCGCGUCCUCGAUGAAGGACGAUGUCUUCCUUGCGAUAAGCCCCAUGAUGUUAAGCACUAUCCUCGUUAUUAUGAUGCCCUCUAUUAUCCACAAUUUAAUCUUGCGUUUUCUGAAACAUCCGAAAGUUUUUGCACAUGGUUGAAGUCUUCGC